UGUGGCGGUAUACUGACAGCGCGCGCGAGGGGUUUGUGUCAGAUUUCUGUCAGAGUUAGCAUUUAGCUAACAGGACGUGGUGUGAAGAGGGUCGCGCUUUACUGAUAUUUAUUCCUGCUGACUCGUUCUGAGGUAAACUUUACUACAGAAUGAAAAAGGGUAAAAUAGCAUUGAUGGUCCAGAGAAAUGAGACCCUCAUGAAAAAAACAGCAGAAAAGCACAAGGUGAUGGAUGGAGAAAAGGAUGGAGACCUGAAGUCAGGUGAAGUGAAGACAGGUACAAAUUCUAAACAUUCCAAAUCCAUGCACAUAAACACCUCAGAAUCUGUGAGGAGAAGCUCAAGAGAGAUGGAGGGAAUAAUGGAGGAAAGCAAACCUGGAGAAAUGAGAGAGGGAGAGAAGAAGACACCGAAGAAAAAGAACAGGAAAGGAACAAGAAUGGAUGGAGGAGAACAUAGAGAGAAGGAAGCCAGGAAAGGAAGUGAGGAUGAGAACAGAGAAGGUGUGAAAGAGAAAGUUAUGAAGAAAAGUCGAGGACAAGGAGACAGCGAGAAGAAUGGCAGUGUCUGUCAUGUAUCCUCUUCCUCCACAGUGGAUUUAAUUGGUGGAGAGAAGAACUUCAAGAAGGACACACACUGUGAACUGAUAUGUACAGGCAAGAGAGGGAUGAGGUGGAGAAGUGUGGAGCCUCAGACUGUCAGGAUUCAUGAAGACACAGACAGGAAGCAGAUCAGAGAAGAGAGGGACCAGAAGGAUGAGAGUAGUGAUGCAGCUCCUUAUGUUGUGUGGGUGCAGUGUAGCAAGCCUGAAUGUGGUAAAUGGAGAAGACUAAGUGAUGGAGUUGAUCCUUCAGUUUUGCCUGAUAACUGGACCUGCCAAUACAACACAGACCUUGCCUUAAAAAGUUGCUCAGAUCCAGAAGAGAAGUCCAGCGUGCCUGAGGAGGAGAUGUUCUUCUGCAGUCUGGUGCCUGGAUCACUGGUUUGGGCUCGGCAAAGUGGUUAUCCCUGGUGGCCAGCAAUGGUAGAGCAAGAUCCCAACACAGAGGAAUAUUUGGAAUUCCGCAGGGAGGUAGAUUUCAUGCCGUAUAAGUGCCAUGUGACAUAUUUUGGGGAACCAGUGACUCGGGCCUGGGUCGCCUGCAACAGAGUGAAGGACUAUGCAGAACUGUCUGAAGAUCACUUUAUUAAUCAAGCUGACAAGGGCCUGAAAGAUUCAAUUUGUAUGGCUAAGGAAGCUCUCAAACUGUCUUUGAAGAAGCGGUUGGUGAAGUUUGGGUUUUCUGGUCGUUACGUGUCAGACAGAGAGAGCUCAGAGGACAGUGAUAUUGCAGAGAUGCUAGAGCUUUUUUGUGGGAAGACUGGAAAUGACAGUGAUGAGGAUUUAUUGAGUAAAAAGCAGUCAACAGGGAAGAAAACAAGCAGAAAGAGAGAAGGCAAGAGGAGUAGAUGGAGAAAAGAGGAUGACGAGACAUACAGAGAGGGUGACAAGAAAAAAAAACUGAAAAAGAAGCUGAAGAAAAUAAAAGAGCCUCUGAUUAAUAGUGUACCUGUAAAAGAAGGAAAAGGAAAGAUGUGUCUCACUCCUGCACUCUCUCUGCCGAAGAAAAUGAAACAACAUGUAAUAGACCCAAAGGACCAAACUGUGCCUCAGGUCGCCAUGGAAACAAACACUGACAUGACCUUUGACAUGGACAUUCAUUUUGAAGAAGAGAUGGAGAGACAGCGAGAGAUCGUGAUGCAUGUAGCAGAGAAGAUGGAACUAAGGUCUGGAGAAGGGAGAGAGGAUAAGGAUGGAGAUGGUGAAUAUAAGGAUUCCCCCAACAGAGAGGUAGAGGAAAGUGAGGAAGAGCAGGACAAAUUCUUUCUCAAAAAACUGGUAGAAGAGUGAGCCUGUGUGUUUUAGUUUUGGGUAAUAACUUUGGCUACAUUUUGCACCACAGAGUACUACACUAAAUAGUGUGCACUGUUUUCUUAUGUUGUUCUUGUGUUACUGCAAGUGUGUGAUUGGAGAACCAAAGUGUUUUGAGUUUAAUGCACACAAAAUAAGUUGUGUUGCAGUUUAUAAGAAUGUUUACGAGUUAAAAAAAGAAACUGUUUUAUUGUUGCAACAGGAAGUUUAUUCAAUUUUUUAAUUCAUUCAUUUAUUGCAAUGUAAUUAAAAUUUAGUCUGUGUAGGAA